AUGAGUACACCGGACCUGCUUUACGAUGAUCCGGCUACGUAUUGUAGGCAGUACCGGCCUAACUAUCAUUCUAACUUCGUUUCCAUCUCUAACCUCGCCUUUGGAACAACAACCGACGAUAUUCAACUCACUUUUCAAGACUUUGGCUCAAUCAGCCACUGCUUUAUUGCAUUGGAUCGACCGACGAGUGCUCUAGUAGUCUUCCUCAAACCAUCAGACGCGGGCUAUCAAGCCGAGUCACUCGAUGGUGCAAUUGCCGACGGACAGCGCAUCUCCGUCAAAGCCAUCAAGGAGACUGAACUAGGGGGCCUAGUCCUCCUUCGUAGAAUAACAUGA